CGCCUCCCGCUCUCCUCCCUCCCUCCCAAAGAGACUAUUAUACUCCCCCCCGCGAGCCACUCGGAACCAGUGUAAACAAACCCGGGGCCGAGUAGGACGAGGCGCCGCUAUUCCUUGGUGCUAUUCCUGAGUCGCCGAGUGGCGCUCCUCAAACGCCUCCCCGAGUGUCAGCUCUACUAGCGCCAACAUGCCUGAGGGUCCAUCCUUGGAUAUGGUGGGUGAUGGUAGCAGCAGUGGUCAGCCAGCCCUGCGCCGCUGUGACAAUCCUUGGAAGCCUAAUGCCCAGCAUGGCCAGUCUGAGGUAUAUCGAAGGAUGCUGGGCAUUUUGAAUCGAGUAACUCAACAGUCACUUGGCAUCUUUCUGGAACAGGCUCGAGAAUUACCUCUUUCUGAUCCCACGCACUUGCCCCACAUACUCAGUCUCCUCCUGGAAAAGUCUCAGGAUGAGCCUAUGUUUGCACCUAUUUAUGCUCGCCUGUGCCGGAAUCUGGCAGCAAGUGCCGGGAUCCAGCGAGACCUGACAACAGCCUGUAAAGAUCACUUCAUGGAAAACUAUCAACAACUUCUUCAUUAUAAUAAUAUAUUUGAGGGACCAAUAUCAUCUCAACUGAUUCAUGAAGAAAUUUUAGCAAGAAAAAGGUUCAUUGGUCAUAUGAAGUUUAUGAGUGAGCUGCAUAAGGUAGGCGUGGUGCCGGGUGACCAAGUGGCAGCCAUGGCGGAGACUCUACUGGAGCAUGGGGAUGACCGUUCCUUUGAAGGACUCUGCCGUCUUCUCUCAUUUUCUGGCCUUAGUCUCAGUCGUACUCAUGAGGAGUUGGUAGACAGGUGCUGCAGUUAUCUCGAGGUGUGUCUGGCAGGCGGCAGCUUGAAUCCUCGAUUGCGUUUUCUCACCCAAGAUAUCCUUGACCUUCGCAACAAUGGUUGGAGACCUCAGGAAGGAAAUAGAAUCCUCCCUCCUCCAGGUAGAAAUGUACGAGGAUAGUUUUAUGCAUAGUAAAACUAUUGGCUGUUACCUUCGACUGUGUUUACCUUUUAUUCAGUAAGAUAUUCAUCGUCAUGCUUAGUGUGUCACAUAGUCACCUUUCAUGUGUAUAAUAUCAAGAUGACUGCAGCAUUUCAUGCAAUUUGUGCUAUGGUUAUGGUUUCAUUACAUUUCACACAAACAGUACUUCAGAGUUGUCAUUCAGUGACAUAGAAGACCUUAUAGCUUUGAUGAAUCUGUGAGAGUCAAAUACAAAUACCAUAAUUAUCAUCAAUAUACUAGUUAUAUGGUUAUAGGAAGUUUUCUUCUAAAGUUUUGUAAUGACAUUUUUAUUUGUUUUGAAAAAAACAAUGCAUCACACAAUAAUAGGUGAUUAAUCCUGUUGUUUUCAUUAUGCUUGACAGUGAAGCAUUCUAGUUUAAACCAGCAUAAGUCUUGUCAAACAAAUUAUUUCUCUUAACUUUGACGUGAAAGUUUUGUAAGAGAAUGAUGAUUGUUCCAUUUUGACAGCUGCAUGUAUGCACACUGUUGACAAGACAACUUCAAUAAACAAUCGUGCAAAGGUUAUGUUGGGAAGGCAUCAUCAUCAAUCAUCUUAACUCUCCCACCUCCCCAACAUCAAUAGGAUUUAUUUUCAGUGAGUGAGUGAUAGAAGUAAUAUAUUUAAAAUAAUUAUGGAUCUGAUUACUUUUUUCAUACACAAAGGCUUUUGAUUUAUAUAUAUUCAGAAAAUAUGCAGUAUACAAGUGUUACCUAGAGAAUUACAGCUAUGAGUAAAGAAAAUUUUGGUGAUUUAAUUUUGACAAGUAUAUUCCUUCCAUGAUGAGCAUCAGUGGUUAGGGAUUUGGAAAAUUAAAAGCUCCCUCCAGUAGAUAGUGCAGCGCCUCUUGAGAAAUAGAACACCUAUAUUCUUGGGUGUUCUUAAAGAAAACAUCCAACAAGAGGCAGCAAGUUUAGGACACAGUGGGACUUUGCUUCUGCAAGAAACUGUGCAUGUAACAGUAAACAACUUUCAAAAUAUGAAAACUUGAGUAAUCAGUAUUCAGUUAUUUGAGAAAUUGUGGCGAUACUUUCUAUGUCAUUGCUGUAGAUUAUAAUCAAAGGAGGUAACAGUGACUACAGAUUAGAUAGAAAGUGCAGGCAAGGGAGGUUGAAAUUAGGUUCUGGUUUUAUCAUGACUAAGUGUAUUUUAUCUUGGAAGAUAGUGUCUCAUGUUCAAAAUAAUUAUCAAAUAAAAUCAUUCAUUGCAAA